AGCACCGCCCAAAAUCCACAACGUUUCGUUACAUUUCGCAACGAGCGAAUUGGAUGGCUGCUCUUCUCAUCUCUCCGUCUAUCUCCAGCGCUGCGGCUGCUGCUUCUUCCUCUCCUACCCUCCUCUUCCGCCAGAAUCCCCACCAUAUCCCUUCCCUUCUCUCUCUCAAACCUUCCAAGAGAAAAAUCUCUAAAACCAGACCCCUCUCUAUCUCAUUCGCUCUCGCCGAAUCGGGUUCUCCCAAAUCCCUCGAUCAGGAAGAGGCUCUCUCUCUCUUCCAAGAACUCGCCGACAGCUUCCGUCUCCCCUCGGAUUACUUCGCGAAGCUCCCUAAUGACCUUCGGAUUGAUCUGAAUGAUGCGGCUUUUGAUCUCUCGAACGGGCCUGUGGUUGGUGAGUGUGGUCAAGAGCUAGGAGAAAUACUCUUGAAUCUAUCUCAAGCAUGGGAGCUAGCGGAUACGUCAACUUCCUAUAGUAUAGCAAGCAAGCUCCCCUCCUUACAAGGAUCAUUGACAAACAAUGCCAAAUCAGCAUUUGGGAAACGCUUGGUAUCUGCUGGAAGGAGAUUUGAAGCUAUGGGACAAUAUGGUCAAGGCGAGCUACAGAGGAUUGCCAAAGCAAUGGUUAAGGCUGGAAAGCUGCUAUCUGCAAGUCCCAUUACGACAACUGAUGAAAUACCCAAACAGGAAGCUAGGAUGCUGAAGUUUGGAGAUUUACAGGUGGAGUUGACAGUGGAGAAAGCAAACAUUGGAGCUGCAAUUGGUUUUGUGUUUGGGGUUAUCUCAUGGCAACUUAGUCAAGGAAUUCAAAGCAUACCGGAGAGCUCGUUGCAGUAUGCGAAUGACAAUGCUUUGCUAUUAGCAAAGUCCUUGAGGGGUGCUCUGCUUGCGAUGUGCUAUUCAUCGACUGUCUUAUCUGGGUUCACUGCUUUGGGGCUUGUCUUGCUAGGGAGACAGCUGAGCUCUGAGGGUAAGUCAAAGGAGGAAUGAACGUCAACAGCAUUUGUCCCUUCAGCUUAUGUGUAAACAUAUUGGUUUAUUCACUUGUAUAUGGAAAAAGCCAGGCCUUGGAACAUAAAAGCCGAUGGUGGAGGGAGAGAAAAUGGUGAUGUAUCAUAAUCAUUCAAAAAAAUAUAUUUAUGGAACUGUAUAUUGUGCC